AUGGACUCAUUAAAAUGGACUUUUGAUAAUGGUUCGACAUUUCUCCAUUUGGCUGUGGUGUACAAUAACCUCGAGAUUAUUACGUAUUUGUUGAUCAAUGGUUACGACAUCGAUACGUUAAACAACUUCGGUGAAACAUCGCUGCUAACAGCUUUGAAAGUGGAUAAUUUUGACGCAGUGGCGCUUCUGGUUACGGCGGGUGCUAACAUCUGCGCUGUCGACCCGAACAUCGGCAAAACUGCUCUAGAACUGCUGAUGACGAAGAAAAGGGAAGCGGUCGAUGCUGUGAUAGUGCUGUUCACGAACAGCUUGAUAAGAAUGAAUUUGGAUAACGAGGUGCUGAUCGAAUUGCUUAUUAAAGCCGGUCGGGCCUUUAGAUACGUGCAGCUUCUGAAGAAUCAGCAAGGUGACUUUGAUACCAUAGAAUUGAUUCUGCGCUAUGGCAAUAGUUACAGCCAAUGGCCUUUUCAGUUGAAUCUAUUUUUCCUCACCUUGUCAAAGAGAACAGAUGUUUGGGAGGAACAUCUCAAACGCUUUUGCCAAUGGGAAAUUUUCACUGAAUUAACAAUUGAAAAUAUAGAUUUUAUGUAUAAUAUGUCGAGUACUGAAAAUCUGCGAAUACUGUUGGAUAGCGGGCUACACGUGCUCGUGAAGCACAGAUUAGAAAUAGAUUUACGAGCGUGCAUCUGCUCGAACAAGAAUGUUGACGCGGUGGAAUUUCUACAAUAUGCCAAUGACUUCGAUGCAAACGCCAUCGGCACCAAACACUAUACUGCCCUGCACUUUGCGAUGUUCCAUCAUAAAUCAGCAAAUGCACACUUUCUUAUAGAGUUGGGUGCCAACGUUAAUGCCACAAAUAAUCAGGGACGAACAGCUCUGUUCCAUUGCGUAUACGAGAACUACCGAAAUAGGCUACUGAUGCUACUAGAAGCCGGCGCAGACGUGCAACUCACGGAUAAUAAUGGUAUCUCGGUCUUUCAAUUCGCUCACGACAAUAAAACUCUUCUGAUGAGUAUGAUCAUUGCGCAGCUCGCAAUUGAACAUGAUCAGGGUAAACCGAUCAGCCCAUCCAUUCAGGAUCAUAUUAACAAUAACAUUGACUAUAGAGUAACGUUCCAGACCUGUCUUGACCAACUCCAAGUGUUAAAGACAUACCAUCUUUCCGAGCGUGUCACCUUGUACACUAUUCUUACUAAUAAGGUUUCCGUAUUCUAUCGGUGGGUGAAUUACGAGAUGACCUUGUCUCUACGUCGACAGUACGUACGGAGAGAUGAUUUUAAUUUAUUUUAUGCACAAGUGAUCAAGAGAAAGAUAGUCAAGACUAUGCUACGAAAGAUUUUCAUACGCGGAAUAACUGAUAUUAUUUUCAAAACCAUUGGGAAACUAAUUGCCGAUGAUCAUAUCAUCAUAAGGAAUAUUUUAGAAUAUACGAGUGACUCAGAUAUCCGUCGGUUUUCGCCAACUUAUUCGAUGAAUGUAUCAUCGACACUGCUUUAAAUGCUCUACCAUAUAUGCGUAACAAAAUAA